AUGGGGUCUUUUCCCACAGACGAAAAUGAUGAUUCGUUCCUAUAUUACGAUGAUACUACUGCAAUCAAUACCACCAUUGGCUCCACAUCCCCAAAUGCAACUACUAUUAUCAGUGGUUGUGAUGUGGCAUGUAUGAAAUUGUGGUUAGUUUUUAGCGCAGUAGUAGUAAUAGCUUUAAUGCUAGUACUCUACCUCUGUGUUCCUGCCACAUGCAGACCGAGACGAAGAAGGAAAUCAACUUGGUUAGAAGAAGCUAAACCUAACAAAACUGAUGUUACUACUGAUGCUUAUCGUCGGGCAAUGGAGUAUAUUAGAGCACGUCCUCCUAGUGAAGAAUUGCCACCCUAUAAAGAAAUACAGGAUAAAAAGGGUUAUUCUGCUUGGGAAUUUAAAAGUGGAGGACAUAGUUUAAUUAAAUCUGAAGGAAAAUGGAUAGAAUUCUUUUUUAAGAGUACUGAAAAAAAUAUAGAAUCUAUGAUACAAACCAAUUAUCCAUUUUUUAUAAGUGGAGAGUUUGGAUUUGAUGAUGUGAUGAAUUAUUUUGAAGUUACCGUAAAGUCAAUGUCGAGUCAAGUAAACACUAUAUCAAUCGGUUUGACCACAAAACCUUAUCCAUACUUCAGGCUUCCUGGAUAUCAUGUAAACUCUAUUGCAUACCAUUCUGAUGACGGUCGAAAAUUUCAUAGCGAUCCUCAUAAAGGAGGAGUUAGCUACAGUGAACCAUGGGGUAAAGGCGAUACAAUUGGAUGUGGAUAUAGACCUGACGAUGGUGAAGUAUUUUUCACAAAAAAUGGAAAAUUCUUAUCUGUAGCAUUCAGUGGCAAUGAGGUAAAGCACACUUGGUAUCCAUCUGUUGGUACUGAUGGAUCUUGUGAAUUAGAGGUUAAUUUUGGGGAUUCUGAGUUUAAAUAUAAACCUGCUAAAGGAUUUGGUCCUG